AUGGCAAACUCUUCUCUUUCCUCCGUCGUCUCUAACCUAGUGCGCGCUCAGGUCGGGACCGCUGCGACGAGCACGGUCACAGACGAAGAUCUAGACCGCCAUGUUGCAGAACUUAUCCUCAAGGAGGCCAAACAGAAGGCAGAACGCUAUGGCAAGGACGGAAUCCGUGCAUUCUUACCACAACAGGAAAGCAAUGCCCCGCGCAUGAACAAGCGUUUCCUGUCGUCCAUAAUUCGUAACACAGACGACCAUAACAAAUCGAUACUGAAAGCUCAGGCCCUCUCUGCAGCCGAGAUCCGCAUGGAGCGUGAGGAACAAGAACGGAGAGACAGACGUGCGCGUGCAGAGGAGGCGGCUGCAGCAGAACGCAUGCGACGGCGCAUGGGUGGCUCCAGGAGAGACGAUGAUGGGGAGCGGGGUAGUAGGAAGCGAAGAGAAAGAAGUUGGGAAAGGCGCGAUCAUAACGACGAUACGCGUAGCCGACCACGGCUGAGCCAUCGACACCACGACCACGACCACGACCACGACCACGACCACGACCGCGACCACGAAUCUGAGCGAGACGAACGCAAGCAGCGGCGCCACCGACAUUCGUCGCGUUCGAGGAGGAGCCGUAAAGACAGAGACGAUGGGGACCGUCCUACGAGACAUCGGUCGCGCUCAUCGGAUGAAGAGAGACGCCCCUCCGGUCAUAGCAGACGCCACAACUACUCGAGAGACCGCACCGAUGUAUCCUCAGACGGAGAGGAUCGUCGCCGUACCAAGCGUCGUCGCAGCCGUGAACAUGAUCGAAGCCGCAGUCACCGUAGCCGCUCGCCAAGGAAGGGCAAUCGACCUUCACGGUCGGCAACCUUGUCAGACGAAGAGGACGUUCGACGCCCAAAGCUUAAGGAGUAUAGUCCUCUACAUGCAGACAAGCCUCCAGAUGUCGAUCGAGAGUCAGAGCUACGCCAUCUACUCAAGGGCAAGGGCAAGGCAAACGGCUCGGCUCCCCCUUCACGCUCAUGCUCUCCCGGGCCUCAGCCAUUCUCACCAAAUUUAGUUUCUCAGAGUCAUUCUUCGACACACAAUCGCCUCAGGGUACCCCUCGUAUCUCCUUCCUCAUCGCGCACCCCGCCCUCUUCCCACCUUCGCGCGCGCGCCCCCUCACGCUCACGGCGUUCUCGUUCUCGUUCGCGCCCUCGCCCCCCGUCAUCAUCGCCACCGCCUGUCCCUCUAACGGAACCUCCGUCCAAGAUGGACAAGUACUUUGAAGCAACGUAUGAUCCGCGGCUCGACGUGGCCCCCCUUGCGGCCCCUAACAUCCCUGCAACCGGUCUCAUCAGUGAUGCCGAGUUCGAGGGCUGGGACGCGAUGCUCGAGCUCAUCCGUAUCCGGCGCGAGGACAAGGAAGAGCGAAAGCGAAUGGAGCGGCUAGGACUCGUGAGCAAGGAUAAAAAGGGGAAAGAUAAGAAGAAAGAUGCAAGCGGCCUGGAAACCGGGAUGUCUGGUUGGACGGAGGGCGGAGCCAAUAUCAUGGAUAUCGAGUACAAGAAGCGAGGGUCGGUGAGGGAGUGGGAUUUGGGGAAGGAAGGAUUUUAG